UCGAACUGUUCACUGAUUCGCUUAAAAAUCCCAGAUGUGAUUCUUAAAAUUAAAACAAAAACAACUAAUUUCUCACAUGGGAAAAAUCCAAUAAAUUGAAUGGGUUGAGUUUGACGUUUUCCCGAAAACGAUAUCCCUGACCUUGGAUAUGCCGAAUUAAGGAGUAAGGAACUAUUCGGAAAAACCACCGACUGGAAAAGCAAGAAAUCAUUAUGGCUCCUCCCGAAAAGCCGUCUCUUCACAAGCUACACGAAGGAGAAGAAACCUCUAAAAAGAAGAGAGUGCGCCGAAGGAGAAGAAAACACGUCAUCACCGACUCGUCCACCAGCCAAGAAGAGGGUGAUAGGUACAGAGUAAUUAAGUCGGUGAGCGAUUUUUCCCUCCCAAAGGUCAGGGAAUAUGCAUAUGGGGGCGAGGAGCCGAUGGGUUCCGAAUUAUAUGUCACCAUAGCUGAAAAAGAAAAGCGCAGAGCUAUCGCCGAAAAAGAGAAAUUCCGAAAAAGGUUAACUUUAGAAGCUCUCGGCGAAGAACGCCGCCUCAGAAAUAAAGCCAGGAAAGAUAGGAUGAUAGCGAAAAAGUUGAUAAAUAUGCAGAAAGAGGUGUCAGCCGAACAAAAGAAAAUAGAAGAGAAAAAAGAAUCGUUAAAAAAGGAAAACGUAGAAUUGAUAAGAAACUGGAAAACCAAACAGGAAAAUUCUUCUUCCGAGUACACAGAGGACAGCAACGAAAACAACGAUAAUAAAGAUGGAAUCAAAGUAACUACUGUUGAUGUGAAAUUAGCUCCUAAAAAUAAGGAAGAAGAGAAACGGCGAAGGAACGCAGAAAGGCGUAGACGACGACGGCUUCGCAAAACCGAGAUUAAAAAGGCAGCAUUGCAGACCGAUCAGAAGCCUAACGCUUUUAUUAAAAGGCCUGAAUUCGACAAAACGGAAGACCAUAUUUUUCUUGAAGAAGGAUCGAAAAAAUAUCAGCCUUUAUCCUUGGGCAUCCGAGCCAAGAUGUACAAAGAAUAUGAACAGAAAAAGGAAAAAAUGAACAUGGCCAUCGAUCGGUUUUGUGAAAAACUGAAAACGCAAGAUGGCAGGCCUAUACGGAUGAUACUGAUUGACGACUCGAAAUGCUUAAAAUCUAAUAGCAAUGUAAAUUGUACAGCGCCCAAAGAAAAAGAAAAGGAAUCGAAAUACCAAAAAAAACCCGCCUCGAAGAGCAUAAAUAUUCCAUUCCAAAACGAAGGAGAAAACUGGGAAGACAGAUUAAAAAGGAGGAUAAGAGAAGACAGAGUAGAGCUCGAUAAAGUUCUCAUCGAACUCAAGCAAAAAGUCGAAGAAAAAAAUUAUCAAAAAAAACUUAUCAAAGAGGAGAAAAAAGUGAGAAAAGAAAAAUUGAAAGAUAGAAAACUUAUGAUAAAAUUACUUAAAGAACGCAUAAAAGAGGAAAGUCGGUCGACAGAUUUUUAUGGGAGAAGGAAUUUGCUGUUGACGAUGAAAGAACAACAAGUUGUCGAUAAGCCCAUUGAAACGAAGUUACUUCUAUCAGGAUCGAAAUAUAUUUUGAACAAUAACCCGGUAAAGGACAUGCUGGUUAGAUUAAUAUCAAGAAGCAACAGACAGGAAAAAGAGGAUAUGGUUAUACCCAGCAAAGAAGACCAAGAUAGGGAAGAUAUCGUACAGGAUAAAGAACUCGAAGAAUUAGGCGACCAAUUAGAAGAAAAAUGUUUCAGAAAGAUUUCCAAAGAGAAAAAAAGAAAAGAAGGUAAAAUUAAUAAGAAGAAGUUGAAAUGUUCCUCUGCCAGUGGGCAAGAGUCGAAUCCGACAAAGGCAGAGUUGGCAUUGAUGAACGGAUCUCCUACCGAGAGGGCCAAGUCCGAUUCAAAAACAUUAUGGCUAAAUACUAAACUCUUAAGGAAAAAGGAACGACGAGGGGAGACGGAGGAGGCCAACAGCGAAAAACGGAAACACAUCAACGACAAGAUUGUCGAUUUGUGGAAAGAUAUGAUAAAAAGACACUCAAAUAAGAAUUCGGACAAUCACUCGAUCAAUUCGAAAUUGCCGGAUUAUGAAGCCGAAGGUGACAGGAAUUCAUCGGACGGCAUGGAAGAGAUUAAUUUAACCAAUAGUUUGGAUACGAUUGAAAACGAAGUCUAUAACAGUACCAAACCUUUAAAGGAAAUCAAAGAAAAUAAAUUCAAGAGAAAGUUGAAACUCCCCCCUUUGAAAUUACGUAGAGAUUUGAAAUUUUUAAGGCAUACGUCACUCAACCCACUUUCAAUAUAACAGUAAAUAAAUGAAUUUCAUGUG